UCCAUAUGACAGGAAAUGAUCUGGGCGUUUUGGUCAGAUAUUUUGACUGCCCUUAGUUUCAGCCAGCAACUGGCAAAAUGGAUUACACCCCAGAAGGAGACAGAGCUGAAUGUUCCGUCUGGCUUUAGUAAGGAAAGAGCAGAGAUGAAAUCCAUGGACUGUGUGCACAUCAUCCAACAGAAGGGUAUCUCCUCCUCUCCUGCUCUCUCUGGUGCUGGUUUGGGCAGGAAAGGACUCCUCUCGGUCACAUUCCUGUGGCUUGCAACGCUCCUGUCCUCUUGUCUUGCAGCAGUGUGUCUUUACCACGUUCUCACACUUAAAGCAGAACUAGCAACUCUCCGCAGCGAGCUGAUCUACAGAGUCCAGGCAAGAGCUCCGCUACCCCAAGCCCAGGAUGAGAGUAAAGAGGGUACUGUAUUCUCUUCUUCCUUGCAGUUAACAGCAGCCGCUGCCAGGCAGGAAAUCAGGCUGCCUGCUUCUGAGGCAGGUGAAGCCGAUGAAAAGAGAGGCUGGAGUACAGGCAGAAGCAGAGGGAGAAGGUCUGCGCUGCCUACAGAAGAAAUAAUGCUACAGGCCUGUCUGCAAUUGAUUGCUGAUAGCAAAAGUAACAUCCAACAAAAAGAUGACUCAAGUAUUGUUCCAUGGCUUCUUAGCUUUAAAAGAGGAACAGCUCUGGAAGAGCAAGGAAAUAAAAUAUUGGUCAAAGAAGCAGGUUACUUUUUCAUAUAUGGUCAGGUUUUAUAUACAGAUACAACAUUUGCUAUGGGACAUCUAAUACAAAGGAAAAAGGCUCAUGUAUUUGGUGAUGAUCUCAGUUUGGUGACAUUAUUUCGUUGUAUCCAAAACAUGCCUCAUUCUUAUCCUAAUAAUUCUUGCUAUACCGCUGGCAUUGCAAAAUUAGAAGAAGGGGAUGAACUUCAACUUACAAUACCACGGAGAAGGGCCAAAAUAUCAUUGGAUGGAGAUGGCACUUUUUUUGGUGCAGUUCGACUCCUGUGAUACUCUACAGUUUUGCAUCAUUCUUAUCUCUGUUCUCUUUUUGGUUUUUAUGUAAUUGAAAAAAAUGGAGAUACAGUUAAGCGGCCAAUUCAGUCUCGUUUUCUUUUCUUUUCUUUUUUUUAAACCCCCUUUCUUUGGUUUGAUGAACCAGCCCAAAACAGGAAACCCAGCAGACGUACUUCUGAUGUGACUGUCAUGUGAAUUACCAGAAAUAUAGGUUAUUUUAGGCAAUAGAGGAAUAAAAAUACCAGUGGCUAUACA